AUGGUGCCGUUUAAUUGUUUACUUCUAGGCGACACUUUUGAUGAUAUUAUCAAGGUUAAUGUUGGCGAUAAACUCAAGGAUGAUAAUAAUGUUGAAAUCGAUAUUAGCGAAGCCACUGUCUCAGAUCUCAAAAUGCUUAUUCGGCAAGAGCUUAAAGGUGUUUUUACCGAAAAGGAUAUAGAUAAACUUAAUGGCAAGAAUAUGGGACCGUCGCCAAUGUUUCGAGCUGAGGAUAAUUUUCCAACUAGUUAUAAACCUCCACAUUAUAAUAAACGAAAUAUCGAAUUUCCCCAUCAAACAUCAAGGAAAGUAUUGAGAAAUGCUAAACUCACCGGAUAG